GUGAAGUUGUGUUGGAAGUUCACCUCCCAGGUCUGUCUGAUGCGCCCAGUUCAUUUAGAAAGUUUCGGAGAGAGAUGAGCGGACUGACCGUCCCUGCGGACUUCUCGGAACACAUGCUGGACUUGGACGAGGACGAGGACCUGGAGGUUUUCAGCAAGAACACAUCUCUGGCAGAUGGAGGUCCCGCGCCCAACUCUCCCACCUCCAUGGUCAACAACUACAGACUCGACGAGGAUGAGGAGGAGCAGCAGGACGCCAACGCCAAAGACCUCUUUAUCACCAUUGAUAACCCGGAGAGCCAUGUCACUGCCAUCGAAACGUUCAUCAUGUACAGAGUCGUGACCAAGACCACGCGGAGUGAGUUUGACUCCAGUGAGUAUGAGGUACGCCGGCGCUACCAAGACUUCCUGUGGCUCCGAAGCAGACUGGAAGAAAACCACCCGACACUCAUCGUCCACCCCCUGCCGGAGAAGUUUGUGAUGAAAGGCAUGGUGGAACGCUUCAACAACGACUUCAUUGAGACCAGGAGGAGAGCUCUGCACCGCUUUCUCAACAAGAUCUCCGAGCAUCCCAUACUGUCCUACAGCCAGCACUUCAAAGUCUUCCUCACCGCGCAGGACCUUCUGUCCCACAGGAAACAGGGUCCAGGCUUCCUGAGCAGGAUGGGCGAGACCGUGAGGGCAGUAGCCAACUCGGUACGAGGUCUGAGGAGCCGGCCGGAGGAGUUCACGCUGAUGCAGGAGUAUGUGGAGGACUUCAGCAACAAGAUCUGCUCCGUGGACAAAGUCACCCAGAGGAUCAUCAAGGAGCAGAGAGAGUAUCUGGACGAACUGAAGCAGUACGGGCCCACCUACACCCAGUGGGCGGGAUCGGAGGAGGAGCUGGCGGAGCCGCUGAAGGGCGUGGCCAGCUGCGUGGAGCGGUGUAGUAAGGAAACAGAAGAGCAGAUCCACCAUCUCUCUGAAGUCCUUGUCCCCGCCCUGCAUGAGUACGUCCUCUGUGCCGAGACCCUGAAGGCUGUGGUGAGACGGAGAGACAACAUCCAGGCUGAGUUUGAAGCCAAGAACGAGGCCCUGGCAUCCAGAAAAGCUGACCAAGAAGCACUGCAGGAGGAGGUGGAUGGUCUGGCGGACCGGGUGGAGCAGGCCAACAACGCCCUGAAGGGAGAUUGGUCCCGCUGGCAGAACAGCAUGAGAACUGACCUCAAAUCAGCUUUUAUGUCCACUGCUGAGAAGAACAUGGAGUACUAUGAGAAGUGCCUGGCUGUGUGGGAGUCGUUCCUCCUGUCUCAGAGGGUGGAGCCCAGCGAGCAGAGUGAUGGGGAAGGCGCCUCUUAAAGUGCGGAGAUGGCUUCUCUCUCAAAACCACACAAAGCACACCCUCUGCUGUCUGCCCAACGCAUCUAAACCAUAGACUUUGAACCAAUGUCCAUUUAUGCGAACAUGCAUAAUGUACGAAACAAGCACACUCUGUCUCUUUUUCUUUCUGUCUGGCCAAAGAGGUUAGUCCCGGUCUCACCAUUCCAGUGACGAUUGUGCAACACUGUGAUCCCAGUGUCCACAAACCAGUGUUUACACACCACCAUGUGCAUUGCCAAAAGCUGAAAGAAGACUCCUGGCUCUUUUCUCUCCCCUCUGCUGUUUUGUGGUUAUUGUGUUAUUUUUUACGCGGUCCAACUAUACAUAGUGAUGCUUUCCGUUGUGGAUGGAGAGCGGCUGUAUCCAAUAUCAUGGGAUGCCUCCUUGGAAGGGUGCUGAAUGCUCAGGUGUGGCGUCAUCAUAAGUUCCCACCCCUUAUUUUACAGAAACCAAAACUAAUGAUGCAUUCAUUGUCAUUCAUUCAAAAUUUCAUUUUGUUGUUGCAGUAAACUGUCAGAAUAGGAGUUGUAAACUGUAGUGCAAAUUUUACAAUAAACAAAUCUAAAAGGUUCGAAUUAAGACUUGGUUGGCCUCAGAUCAGUUACAACUAAUCACCUGUUUCUUCCAACUGGAUGUUUUUAGACUUCCAAAGGUCACGCCCCUGAAUUGAGACACAGCUGCUGAUACCGAUGUACUGCAUCUGUAACACCAAUGUCAUGGAACCAUGUGACUCACAUAGUAUCCAUCACUUAACUGUAUUACAGCAUGUUAGCCAUGACCACCAUUUUUGCCCAAAUCUUAACCAAACUACUUUCAUGGAGCUCUGUUAGUGACAUGGUUCAAGAGAAUUAUUGAGUGUAUCGAGUGCGAGAGGCCAUUCCUGAUCUUGGCCACAGUAGUUUGAUCAACAGUCUUCACUCAAAGUCCACUUACUAGCCUUUUACACAUUGAGAUCUAUCAGAUAGCUCUGGAAAAAGCUAGUAACUGGACUGUUUUAAGAUUUUUUGUCAGAAAAUUGUUCUUGUCUCUUUACUGUUACUCCGGACAGUAUCCUCAAAAUAGUGCUGUACAGCUUUAAGACUUGGUUGUUGUAAGGGGCAUGGCCAUAGUCACAGACACAUCUAAUGCCGAGCUCAACUUUAAGAUUCAUAAACCCUGAUAACAUGCAUAAACAUUUGAUUUUGGGGCUAUUAAGGGAUGGAUGUCCUCCCAACAUAGACACUGAGAGUGCAGGUGAUUCUGUUGGGUACCUGUAACACAGUUUGUUAACCCGUACAGUCGUGCAGACAAAGGCAGAUGGCGAAAUUCAGACCUUAAGUCUUGAAGUUUUGGAUCAGUGAAGUUCUUCUCAUCACAAAUGUACAUCAUGCAUGGCGGGCUCUGAUUGGUCAGGGUCCAACAUGAAGUCUGUCAUGUCUUUCAGCCAAGUCACAACAAGAGUUUGUCACCUGAGACACCUGUGACCUUCUAAAAUACUGCGUAGUCUGAUCGUUGCUAUUACACGAUCAGACUUUCAACUGAUUUGCCCACCUUUGACUUAAAGAAAGUUCAGGUCUUGUGUCUAUAAUGUAUUUUGUCAUUAAUUUACUGAAGAGGAAUAGGCCAGGGCAGAUUUAUGCAAAGAGUACACACCAAAAAGGACAACAUUUCAUUACAGAAUAGAUGACGAAAUGCAUCAGAUUUAGAUGAUAUCUACAUCCAUCUGAAGUUAGUUUGUAGUUAGACCAUGUAAGGUCGGAGUGGUAUGAAUAACACGCCGUACCAUUGAUCUCCUGUUAAAAUCUGAGCAGUGAAGCCUUAAAGCUUUAUGAACUUCUCUCCAGAAUGUUUGUUUGUAUUGAUAGAGAUUUCACGUUUACAUGUCUGAUGAAGACUAGCUACAGGAUACGCAAUGUCUCUGUAGCAGAAUGCUUAAGUAAUCUUUUUAUACUGAUAUAAUCUUUUUUUUUUCUCUUGCUUUUAUCAUUAUUGAAUGUAAAAACAAAAAAGUCUGAAUAAAACUGAUUUUGAGAUGUUGACACAAUAAUAAAGACAGAUCUAACACUA